AAGCAUUUUUCGAAAUUUUGAAGAAAAAAUUUUUCGUCAGCGUCAAUACUUAAUUAGAUAUUUGCUUCUAAUAAAGCUUGAACAUGACAACAGAUUCCGUUAUUCAUAAUUCACCGAUCCUCUUUUUCCUCGACGAUCGAUGCGAUCAGCUUAUGAAAACAAUCGUCGGACGUAAACAGAAACGUCAGAAACCGUUUGAUGAUAAGGAAAAUGUUGCGUUCUUUCCUGCCGAUACGAUCAUGGGAAAACCGGUUGACCGUGAGCCUUCUCACGUACUACUUAAAACAUCGUCACGCACACAGCGAUCUACCGAAAGUGAACUUCCAAGAGUAUCGACGGAAGUCCCUCGCUAAGCCGAACGUGUCAUCCAUGCGAAGCGCUGACGAACGGAGGACAACGACUUACGCGAUGUCUUUCGUGCUCGCAGUUGCUGGGAUGUACGUGCUUAAGUCUCACGCGUUGCACUACAUAGAAUUUCUUGGUGCGUCUCGCGACGUUAUCGCUGAAGCGCAGAUCGAGAUCAAUCUGAAGGACAUAGGGUUAGGAAAAACGGCAGUGUUUCAAUGGCGCGGGAAGCCGGUCUUCGUAUAUCACCGUACCCAAACUAUUAUAAACCAAGAAAGGCAAGUUAACGUCCUUACGUUAAGACAUCCCGAAACCGAUGAUCAAAGAGUCAAACGCCCGGAAUGGCUAGUCGUUAUAGGCAUCUGUACGCAUCUCGGUUGCAUCCCACUUCCUAACGCCGGUAUGAUCCCCGGUGGGUUUUACUGUCCUUGCCACGCAUCCCAUUUCGAUGGGUCCGGGCGCAUACGCAGAGGUCCUGCGCCCACUAAUAUGGACAUUCCUGAAUAUCAGUUCAUCGACGAACAUUCCAUCCUUGUUGGCUAAUUACCAGAGGUUGAAAACAGUUAUAUCGACUCUGGUUCUGGCAACAGUUAUCGAAAACCGAAAAAAAUGCCAUAACUAUUGUUGGAUAUAUCGGCCCUGCCUUAUAUCGGUUUUAGUCUCGCUUCUAUAGCUGUUUUUCGGUUCUAUCGACGUCUAAUAUGCAGGGUAUCACAGAAAAACUAUUAGAGCCGAAGAGAGGUGAUUCUGUAAGUGUUUCUGAACAAUUCCCUUUGCCAAAAUGCAAAAUGAGUCAUAGUUUUUGAAUUAUUAACGAAAAACACUGAACAAUAAGAAGAGCGCGUGUAGGGCCCAUGCUAUGCAACGUCACAAUCAGAGCCAACUCAUUGGUCAGUUUUUUUCGUUAAUAAUUCAAAAACCGUGUCUCAUUUUGCAUUUUACCAAAGGAAAUUAUUGUUCACAAACACCUCCAGAAUCACCCCUUUCCGGCUUUAACAUUUCUUCUGGGAUACCAUGUAUAAUCAGUUUUUAUAGCUAUUUCAACAUAUGGAAUUUCUCAUUUUUAUCUAGCAGAUAUUAACAAUUUAUUAGAUAUAAGUUUUCUAAUCGCUAAAAAAAUAUGUAUUUUAAGAGAACUGUAAUUGAAACGAAGAAUCGAAACUGAAAGUUAGAAACAAUAUACCUAAUAACAGUUAGAACAUUUUCAGGACCUUUCGAAUUCUCACUAAUUAUAAAAAUAAACAAGUUCUUCGAUUCUGAA